CUGCCAUCAACUAGUUAACUUGUACGCUCGUUUUAAGUAUUAGUUUCAGAAAGGAGAGCUAACAACCACACUUGAAAUUUGCCGGACAAAAAGAACUUCACCAACGUAGCAACCAUGGUUACCAAAUACUUUACGCUCCUUCUAGAAUCCUGCUUAACUCUGCUAGUUUCUUCAACCGUCCUAAAAAAAUACCAGGAGUAUCCACUCCAGCUAUGUCCUAUGAACGCAGUAUGUUCCAAGAUAUACGGACUUCCCUCUCACUCCAUCGAACCCGCCUUCGUAUCCUACCUGAACUGCAAAUGUCCUUCAGGCGCCAUGUGCGCCGUCAAACCUGGGCCUCAAACACUGGAAGUCGACCCUAACAAAUGGUACGGGUUGUGUCAGCCUGCAGUGGAGAUUCCGGAGUGUGCUAGCGGAGAAGUAGCCGAGGUGGCGGAAACCAUGGCCGGACAGACAUUCACAAAGGUUCAGUGCAAAUGUCCUAGACAAGCUCUCGAGGAAACUACUUCUACCAACUUUUGGUCUGACAUCAUGUCCCGGACACGUGAUAUAAGUAGUCUGAUCUGCAAUUUAGAUGGUAUGGAUGACUCAUUGAUGUCGAAACGAGGUCGGUUUGGCGGACGCGGCUAUGGACGAUCCAGGGGAAAGUUUUACUUCUACAGAAAAUAAGACAUUUAUUCACCUCGGCUUAAAACCUCUCAUUCAAUUGAUGCAUAUAGGUCAAUGUUACUUUAGGAACAGUUUUAUUUGUAUGGUAAAUCAUUAUUUUAACAAAAACGAUUAUGACAGUAUUGUCAUCGUCGGCAACCAUGGUUACACUUCAUACAUACCGGGGGGAAAUUGACUGACAAAAUCUCGUUUUAAUGAAUAUGCAUGAGGCAGGGAAGACAACUCUUCUUCCAAUGAAUUCGCACGUUACACUCAAUUAUUGUUCAAUAUCUGUACAGCGUCGGUAGCCUCCGUAGCCGUGUGGUCUUGAUUACUACAGAAUAGUAUUGUACUGAUAAGGCGGAGAAUGGGUUUUCAACCGUAAAGCAUCUGGUACGUUGCGGAACCAAUGUAUCUGCCUCAUUAAUUAUUCAUGAUAACGAGAUUGUCCUAGCGAAAUUGCCCACAAUAUGUAUCGGGGGUAUCCGACGAUACAGUAUUGUAAGCAAUUGAAUCAUUGAAGAAAAUUUUGAAAAACACAGUUAUGAGCAGGAUAAAGGACAACGCACUCGCUUGAGAAAUAAAUAGAACAUUCAUUACAGUGCAUUAUGU